UCCCACCCAACCCGGAAAAGGCUUAUCGCGCGCAGUUUUAUUGGCUGUGACCUCGUAUAUGGAAUCAGCAGGGAAUCAGGCGCUCGUGUUUUGUUACCGGAUGGCAGGCAGUCAUUGUCAAACCCUCAAAGUGAGCGUUUUUAUUUUUUUCAUCGGGCUGAUUAAACGACUUCCUGUAUUUCGCAGCGGUCAUCGGUUUCUAGACAUUCGGAGCUACAGCGACUGAUCCGUGGACCCGAUGACUGCACCGGCCCAAUCCAUCAUCCGUAACAUUAGUCCAACCCGGAGCUGAUUGCUCAGUUUCCUCCUAAUUCACGCUCAACGAUGAACCCUGGGUUUCUGAUAUAUCUGCAGAUAUUAACGUCUGUUUAUGUGCUCGGAGACUCAGGAUUUGCACAACUUGAUGGCGCACCACCAUCCAAAAUCGCGGUAGUCGGGGCUGGAAUUGGAGGAACUGCGACAGCUCAUUUCUUAAGGCAGCACUUUGGGCCAGAGGUACGCAUUGAUGUCUUUGAAAAAGGAACUGUCGGCGGGCGGUUGGCAACAGUCACAGUUAAUCACCACGACUAUGAGUCCGGUGGAUCCAUCAUCCAUUCUCUCAAUCUGCAUAUGCAAGACUUCGUUAAACAACUUGGGCUGAAAUACAGGAAGAAUGUGGCUGGGAAAACAGCUGUGUUCAAUGGCCAAGAGUUCAUCCUGGAGGAGACAGACUGGUACCUCCUUGACCUCUUCCGUCUGUGGUGGCGCUAUGGGAUCAGCUUCAUACGCCUGCAGAUGUGGGUGGAGGAGAUCAUGGAGAAGUUCAUGAGGAUCUAUAAAUACCAGGCCCAUGGCUAUGCCUUCAGCUCGGUGGAGGAGCUACUGAGCUCUCUGGGAGGCUCAGGGUUCCACAAUAUGACCCAGCGACCUUUGUCAGAGUCGCUUCUGGAGCUCGGUGUGUCUCAGCGCUUCAUUGACGAAGUCAUUGCCCCCAUCAUGAGGGUCAACUAUGCCCAGAACGUUAGCAUCCCUGCAUUUGUAGGGGCGGUAUCUCUUGCAGGGGCUCAGGCCAACCUGUGGGCAGUGGAGGGGGGGAAUAAGCUGGUCUGCUCUGGGCUGUUAAAGCUGGCCAAAGCAAACCUCAUCCAAGCACAGGUCAAUGCCAUAUCACCUCAGGCUGCAGGUGAGUCGUCUCAGUAUCGCCUCAGUUACUCCAGCCAGAUGGAGAAUCAGACAGAACUGUAUGACAUCGUUGUGGUGGCCACCCCCCUCCAACCCAAUGUGGGCUCUGGCAUCUCCUUUGAAGGUUUUGAUUCUCCGCCUCCCACUAUUGCGGGAGCCUACCACCAUACUGUUGCCACCAUCGUCCAUGGCUACCUAAACUGCUCCUACUUUGGCUACCCAGACCCCAAGCUGUUCCCUUUCGCCAGCAUCCUGACCACGGAGGCGCCCGAACUGUUCUUCAACAGUGUGGCCAACGUCUGUCCAGUGAACAUCACCACUGGCUUCCGCCGCAAGCCUCCUCAAGAGGCUGCCGUCUACAAGGUCUUUUCCCAAGAGCCCUUGGGUAAGAAGGAGCUGAAGACGCUGUUUAAGUCGUACUACUCAGUGCAGGUAACGGACUGGCAGGCUUACCCGCACUACUGGAGCACCCAGGAACUCCCACCGGUCAUCUUACAUGAUGGACUCUACUACCUCAAUGGUAUUGAGUGGGCAGGCAGUGCCAUGGAGAUGAGUUCUGUGGCGGCAAAGAACAUCGCCCUGCUUGCGUACCACCGUUGGAGCCGCCAGGUUGAGAUGAUUGACCAGAAGGACUUGAUGCAUAAAAUCAAGACUGAGCUGUAAUAACCAGCGUCUAGUGUACAGAGAACUUUUUUUGAAGAGCUACUGGUAAUGGGCUAAAAGACAGAGAGUGUGUGUGUGCGCGUGAAUCAGAAAUGUGAAUGACAGCAUCUCAAUUAGAUAAACAACAACAAUGGUAUUUCCGUGCUAAUGUUCCUUUUGACAAGAUUAUUCAAUCUGAAAACUAAUGGGUGUCAAACAGGCAUUUGACAACCUUUGAUUUUACAAGUACAUAUGUAUUUACAAAUAUCCGACACAUUAAACACUGGGCUGGCAUGCCACUCCUAUAAGUAUUUCAGCUGAUGCCAUUUCAGUAAAUCAAUAUUCGGUUCACUGUAUGCUAAAUUAUUUAUUUAAAUGUCUCUGAAAGCUCUGAACAUUGUUCUGAAGAUGCCUCUGUUGCUGGACUGUAUAUAUGUUUAAGAGAAUUGGAAUAAACAUGUUUGUCAAUUCUUUA